AUGAAUACCAACAACGGCUCGCGUUCAACCCACCCUUCCCACUCGGAUACUGGAGACAGAAGGAAUCCCACCUCAGCAGCAUCGUCGUCGUUGUCGUAUUCACAGCACCCCCAUCUUCAACCCAAUCUUCAAAAUCUCCCGAAUCUCACGGCCAACGUCGCUGGUGCAGCCGCUCCACAGGGCGCUCUCACUGCAGGCCUCCCUGGCCAGACCCACCACACCACCUCCCACCACACCACCUCCCACCAGGGCCACCAUCCUCAACUUCCGCCCAUCACCGACUCAAACCAUCAACGGAGGUCUGGUGCUAUCGCUACGAAUCAGUCGAAUCUCCAUCCGCGUCCCUCGAACAUGACUGCGAUGUAUUCGCAUAACAUGAACGCGAUGCCUCAUACCCCUAUGGUUACCCACGGCUCCAAUCCCGCCCUCAACAUGCCGACCAGUGGCCUGAACGGCUACCCUUCAGCUUCCGGAACGCCACUUCCCUCGGCCAUUCGACACUCCAACGCCAUGUACAAUCCACAUGUUCAACAGCACCAUCCGUCAUCACACCAAGGAGGUCCUCAAUCGAUACAGCCGCAACCACCGCAUUCGCAACAGCAGCAUUCGCAACCAUCGUACGCGUCGUCGCAUGCGAUGAACCUUCCGACCACCACGAGUACCUAUUCGCCCAUUAACGGCGUCUCUCCCGCUCCGACCAAUUCGCUUCACAACGGUGUUCAUUCUUAUCCAUCAUCGACGCAGAUCAGUCCGCAACACACCCCGCUCACGAUGCCAUCGCAGCUGCCGUUGUCGGCCGACAUGAACGGGUCGUUAGCGCGCGCAGGAAUGCCCCAGCUAGGAGCGCAAAUCUCGCAAUAUCAGCAGCAGCAGCCGCAGACGCCAGGUUCGCCGAAACAUGUUGUCGGACAGCAGGGACGGAGAGGGAUUCUUCCAUCUGCAACAGGCCAGAAUCCAACUCCCGUGGCCAGGACCCAGAUGCCGACCAAAAAUGAUGAUGGCAAAUACCCGUGCCAGCACUGCAAUAAGCAGUAUCAGCACUUGAAACAUCUCAAGCGCCAUAUGUUGAGACAUACUGGUGAACGUCCAUACCCUUGCCGUCUAUGUCAAGAUCGCUUCUCUCGCUCCGAUAUUCUGAAGCGACACUUCCAAAAGUGUGCGGAACGUCGCGGUCAUCCAGCUGGCUCGCUCGACCAUCUCGAAGGGACCCGUGGUUCCGGUCCGAACUCGCAACGUGGCGGCACUGCCACCGCGUCGAACCGCAACAGCACCGGCAGCCUUGCCGAUAGCUUCCAACCGGGUACAUCCACCCUCGAUAUCUCCGGAUCGGACUCCCACGUGAAUGUGUCCUCCGCCGGCAUCCCUAGCAUCAACACGAUGGAUCCUUCCAACCCACUACUAGGCCAUCAUCUCUCCCACCCGCAACAGCACGCGCACCAUCCUUUUCCGAGCGCAUUCCAAUCCACCUCCCGCGCCAAUUCCGCCGCAGGCAUCCCCGCCUCCCGGCCGUCGAUCAACAACCUGCAAUCCAUCUCCCCGCAUCACCAGCAUCACGGCCACCCGCAACAGCAAGGUCAUCCCGCGGAACCCCGUCGCAGCAUCUCCACUCUCGAGAUGCCUCAUCUCCAGAACCACGGCGCCGCUGGCAACAACCUUGCGCCCAUGAUGCACAUGCAAGGUGGAGCCGGCCAAAGCGGACAAGCUGGAACCGGCGCCAACGCAGGCAUGGGACCUGACAGCGGCGACUGGAGUAUCGAUAUGCAGAUGUUGUUGAAUGCGACACACGGGGCUGCGAACAUGAACGCGGUGGGAGCGGGGAGGUGA